GGAGUUGUGGAAGUGAAUUAUUUGAGGUUGAUUCUGGAUAAUAUGCCCAAUGAGGCCUAUCACUACGAUGUAACAAUAACACCUGAUCGACCAAAAAAAAUGAUGCGUCCUGCUUUUGAACAGUGCAAACGAGAAUAUUUUAACGGCAUUGAGGCAGCGUUUGAUGGCAGAAAGAGUUGUUAUACCCCAGUGCGUCUCCCGGGCCCAAUCGAAUAAUGCAACAAGUGCAACGUAUUUUUUAAGGUUCCAGAUUCUGGCGAUCGUAUGAAAGAGUUUCAAGUAGAGAUUAAGGAAACGAAUGAUUGUGUCGUGGAUCUUAAUUCACUUCGAACCUACCACAAUGACAAAGUUUCUGACAAACCAAUGAGAGCCUUGCAAGCUUUGGAUGUAAUUUUGUCCGGAAAUAAUCAUGAGCGAAGCGUUCGUGUUGGACGUUCCUUUUUCUGUAAACCAAAACAACCUGUUGAUUUGGAAAAUGGAUAUGAAGCCUGGACUGGUUUGUUCCAAGCCGCUAUUUUGGGUGAACAGCCAUUUCUUAAUGUGGAUAUUGCCCACAAAUCGUUCCCUCGUGAAUGUCAUCUAAUUGAUUACUUGUCAAACGAAAGAAUUGACCCGAGACAACCUUUUAAUAGAUACCAAUACGGAGAUGUAGAACGUUACCUGAAGGGAAUUGAUAUUGUGUAUAAACCGCCAAAAUCGUUUGGAAGCUUUGAUAAAAAGUACAAAGUAAUGGGAAUUGGGGAAUCAGCCACGAAAAUACGUUUUAAAAACGAUGAGGGCACGGAGAUGACUGUUGAUGCAUACUUCAGGUCUCGUGGAAGUCCACUUCAGUAUCCAAAUUUAAAUUGUGUUAAAGUUGGUUCUUCGGUUCGCUCAAUAUAUUUACCGAUGGAAUUCUGUACCAUUGCGGAAGGUCAAGCUUUGAAUCGAAAAGACGAUUCGAAACAAGUACAGCAGAUGAUUCGCUUUGCUGCAACAUCGACCAAUCGUCGUAAGGAAAAAAUUAUGGAUAUGUUGCAGUAUUUCAAUCUCAACGCCAGCAUAUUAGUUCAGUCAUUUGGCAUUAAAAUUGGUACCAAUUUUAUAAAAGUUCCAAUACGUAUCUUGCCAACUCCAUAUAUGGAAUAUUGGGAAGGUAGAACAGUUACCACCCAACGCGGCGCUUGGCGAAUGGAUAACCUAAAAUUCCUGAUGUGCUCGAAACCACAAUCCGGUCAUAAAUGGGGAAUCAUAUAUGAAGACAACCCGCGAUCCAGGCUGAAUUACAAUGAACUGGAUCAAUUCAAGAAGAAGGUGUUAAAUAAGUCCAGGGAGCUAAAUAUGAAUCUUGAAAAUACUGCUGAAAUUAUAAAGUACAGCAAUAUCAAUAGCACACUUGAAGAUCUGGCCAGGAAGAAAUACGCUCUUGUUUUUGUUGUAAUUGGUAGAAACGCGUACAGCGAUAUUAAGCAGAACGCUGAAUUACGAGUCGGAAUCUUAACACAGUGCAUAAAGGAGGCCACUGUAGCCCGAACGGCUAGGGAUGAAACAGUGUUUUCGAACAUACUCCUGAAGGUAAAUGCAAAGCUUAACGGAACCAAUCACAAAAUCUCUCAAAAUGACGGAAGGAUGAAAGCGUUGAUGGCACCUAUUAACAAUGUAAUGUUCAUGGGUGCCGAUGUAACGCACCCCUCCCCCGACCAGCGUCACAUACCUAGCGUGGUGGGAACUACAGCUUCACACGACCCGUUCGGCGCCUGCUACAACAUGCAGUACAGAUUGCAAAAGUCGACUAGGGAAGACAUCGAAGAUAUGGAAUCGAUCGCCACACGGCACUUGCAGGUCUACUUCCAAUACCAGAAACAAUAUCCUUCUCAGAUCAUUUAUUAUAGAGACGGCGUGUCUGACGGUCAAUUUCCCAUAAUUGCGAAUGUCGAAUUGAAGGCAAUUAAAAGGGCUUGCGCCAAAUUGCGUUGUGCCCCGAAGCUUACCUGUGUAAUUGUUGUAAAGCGACAUCAUACCAGGUUUUUCCCCAUGACGAGUCCACGUCACGACCGUGACUUUAAUAAUGUGGAACCUGGCACUGUUGUCGACCAACAUAUUACACAUCCAAAUGAAAUUCAAUUCUUUAUGGUAAGCCACCAAUCGAUACAAGGAACAGCAAAGCCAACUCGUUACAAUGUCAUUUUGGACGAAUCGAAUCUUAAUAUAGAUCUUUUGCAACAACUGACUUACAAUCUAUGUCAUUUGUUUCCACGUUGUAACCGUGUUGUGUCAUAUCCGGCUCCAGCAUAUUUGGCUCAUUUGGUAGCAUUUCGAGGCCGAGUAUAUUUAGAAGGUGCCAGAAAUUUUUCCACCGAUCUAAGCCGAGAAUACAAGCAACGUACAAUAAAGGAAAAUGUUAUGCAAUGUAAUCCCAUGUAUUUCAUCUAA